AUGUGUGACGUCUUCUUAGUUAUAAUUAGCGCCAAAGAGUGCCAAACAGACGUACUUACAAAGGUAGGAACAAUACUGCUGUGUAGUUUCUUUUUUAAUGGAAUUUCACAUCACAGACAUUUCAUAUUUGAUUUCUUCUUCUGCACAAUGUACCCAUGCCCUGACUUGUUGCUGGAGGGUGUUAGCAAGCAGUGAAUAAAGUGUAAAAAUUACUCCAAAUUUUGUCCGAUGAAAGACAGAAGGCUGGGCGGUUGGUUGGUUUAUAAUUACGAUGUUACGUGAAACCGCUUUGAGUCGUUCGCAGAUUGGGUGCAAGAGUAGUGGUAAGUUAAGUGUUGUACAGUUCCUUGUCAACGAAUAAGCUUUGCACGACUCUAUUCUGGUCGAACGCUCAUUUUUUUUUCUUCGACAGUCAGACCAAAUUGGGUAAAGGAUAUAUUAAUAGUCAAAUGUCUUGCCUCAUCAGCCAAACAAAAUCUUUUUCUAUGAGUAAGUGUAUUGACCCAUGAAUGGACGAAGUUGCAUGCUCUAUUAAAAAUUUGGUUUCAAGCCUUAAUCGGCUCUUUGAUGUUCUCAUCAAAAUUUGUUUGUACCAGUCAUUUUCGGUGACGUUAAGUUUGCUACAAGUUCCUACGUUGCUGUUACCUACCAGCAAUAUCUUCCGGUUUCAAUGCCAGCACUAACUUUUACUUUGAAAAUCCUAGUACAGUCACAAAGCCAUGCAAUUCUCGAGUUACUUAUUGCAACAUUAUGCUGCAAAACGGGUUGGAAAGUAAUCUUGCGCGUCUUAUCACCCACAUUCUAACCUGUCUCGCGAAACAAAUCAGGUUUUUGGAAACUGCGUUAAUACUGACUUCUGAUUGGAUAAAAUGACGCAGAAAUCACGCCGUGUACGGGAGUUACAUUACUUGCUGCAACAGAGGUUUGCCCUGGGUUGGUAAAACGCGCCAAACGUAACGUAAAGAGUUUGUUGUAAAAAAAGUAGAACUACUCACUCCUUACUACUUUGGCAACCUGCAACAACCUAGUUUGUUGCAAGACAGGCUUGAUAAAGGCGUGGUAAAAAGCGCAAUACCGCUGUUGAACUCAAUUUGCAGCAAUUUUGUAAAACAAGUUGCACAUUUUUUCCGCACGCUUUACCGUACUUUAACUAGUCUUAUCUGUGUAGAUCUGAUAGGGACUCGUAUAAUUCUCUUCUCGGAAGCCUUUUAAGCAAACGCAUGUAGUCAUUUUCCACAUUGCUUAUGGUUAACUAGCUUACAGAAUUUUUUUUUUAACCGCUAUUUAUCGUUUGUGGAGCAUCAGUAUAUAUAUCUAGCUAUACAUCUAACUACUAUACAUAUAUCUAACUACAUAUUUAACUAGACAAGGCUAAAAGUUGAGCGUCCUUUUAAAUGCUGUUACAUUCUGAAAACCUAGAAAUUACACGAAUAAGCUUCAUCCUAUGCUAAUCCAGAAAUUAAUACUUAACUGAUUUAAAAAAAAACAAAAACACAAACAAAAAGAGAAAAUUAUAAAUCAAAUUCGAUCACAGUAAUAGUCUUGGCGGCAGGUCUAAAAUACAGGUCAUUUUCCACAGUUCAGAGUACAGGUCACCAAGAUCCAGAUAAACGAAUAGCAUUAAAAGUGUCCCCUAGCCCUAUCAGAUCGAUGGGAAUAUUUGUGGUUUGGUAAUUUAUCGAUGGAGUAGUGACCUGAACUCUUGACCUGUGGAAUGUGAGCAGUACUUUAGAACCGGCCUUGAGAAGCUAAUUAGCCUAUAAAAUUAAUUGUUUUAUGAAGGCUAGUUGCCAUUCACGAAACUCCUUGGCUGCAUUCAGUUUACAGUUUAUGUUUACAGGUCAGUCUUUCCUUCUCAAAGGGAUUCUGCGUAUAUGGCAAGUUAGGCCGAUUAUAGACAAACCGAUCCUUGUAAACUACCUUUUCGAUCAUACAUCAUAAUAUCUGAUACUAUGUAACCUUUAGUCUAAGUUGUACUUUUUGUUUCUUUGUGCGGAAAGACCCAGGAAGGUUGAUAACUUAUUUAACAUUUCCGUCUAUAAAUAUUAAAACCAUAAUUUUGUACUCUACACAAACUGAACUUUGCGUGUUGUGUAGACGUAAACUUUAGCAAAGUGGCGAGUCUGUCGGUAAACUAAUUGACAAAUCUUAUAUGCAAUUUGUUUUCGGCGAGCAUGAACAAUGUAAGUUAAUGUGUAAACACGUGCGCAAAAAAAAAGGUUACAGUGGUAACCAUUAACACGCGCCCUGAAAGGGUUUUUUCUUCGGUUGAAAUCUGCCUUUUGGUGGGCGUCAAUCAACCGUUACCAUGGUUUUUCACGCGUUGACCGAGAGAAGAUUCUUUCCCCUUUUCGUGAGCACUCGAAAGAAUAUGUCGGCGUUUAAGCCUUUUUUUUUUGCAAUAUUUUGCUUAAGGAUCUGACACCACUUCAUGUCAAGAUUAUAAGUAUUACGAAUUUAUUGAGUGUUUGUUGGAGGAAACUCAAAUUAUCGACAUAUUUACACACUUUAAGUUACAACCACAUUUUAAGCUUUCUCAAUACACGCUCGCAAUUCGUCUGAGGUUUUGCUACUUCUGGAUUCUAUUCGAUAAAGAAUGAUAAGUAGAUCCGCAGGUUGCGAAGUACAUUUUCGAAAACAGCCUCCAUUAUGAGGAAAGUUUUCUCUUGUCGGUGUAAUAUCUUUCAGUUCUUUGAAUUUAUACUUCUUGGCAAUUCGUCCAGGGCUCCCGUAAUCUCAUACAAUCAAAUAAAUAAGUCUUAACUGACCUGACAACGUUUACGUAAAUUAUAGAUAAUGUUAUGACUAUUUCACUUAGCUUGCAGAGCUCAAUAUAAUCCUUCAUCUUAUGAAACAACCAAAAACGCCGUCGUUAUUCCAAAUUAUUCUUGUAAGUCUUCGUAUGCUCUAAACCUUUCUCUUACCAUUUCCCACCAGAAAAUUAAUUUAAGCUUUUGUAUAUUAAACGCAAGGCCAUAGAUAUCGUCUCUCUGUCUCAAAUCUUUAAUACAGGUCAUGACAUGAAACAAGAGAGAAUAAUCUCCCUUGCAUAAAAUAAUUACGCCUGACGUUACAACAAAGCUAAAACGAGACAAGAACUGUAAAAAUUACUCAGACUCACGUUGGGUACAGCUCCUGAAAGCCAGUAAGUGAGCAUGUUCAACUUUCAGUUUCUUUGAAUCCCUUGGCGACGCUUUCCUCAACCCAAAACCAAAUAAAGAAACCAUCCUCGAAUAGCAGAAGAAACUUGAUAGCAGCCUUAUUUCAUUUUGAGGCAGUAGUGAAAGAACAAUUUUAAAAAUUAGCUGGAAUGAAUAAUGGACUUCAGUUGUCCGCAAGUUUUCACACAUAAAUUCACCUGACAAAAUUUUGGCCAAGUGGGGAAGAGGCAAAGCAGAGACUAGGUUGUUCUGGGAGCUUUACCAGGUAAAAAGCAAAGCUUUAGAAAUUUAUUUCCUAAGAUUUUGUGGUAAAUCAAACACAAACUUCAAUCUAGAUUUUUACUUGUGCAACUGCGUUGGUUGCCCCUAAAAGGGCUUUUUUUGUGCCAAGACGAAACGCAACGUACUUGUCUGGGACUCCCUUCCCUACCCUACUGAGUUUUCUAUCGCUACUUCCACAGUCCCAGAGUUACUUGUCCCGAAAAGUCGAACUGGAUGCUCGUUCUUCCUCAAAGCAAUUUAUUUUUGAAAUUCCAGAACAAUUUCAGAGCUGAAUUUUGAACGGCUUCCCUCAUUCAGUUGCACAGCGAGGUUCAUGAUGUUGACACAACAACAACAACAACCUUUUAUUCAAUUUCCAAACAAUUUAGGACCAUUUUUCCCACAAUUGGCGGAGCUAUUCUAGGUGGGCAACAAUACAAUAAUUAUCUCCCAUAAACAAAUGCACGGUUGAAGGUUCUUAAGUCAAUAAAAAGAAAAUAAGUAAAGAAAAAGCAAAAAUAAUAUGAAAUAAAUAACUAAAAGGUAGCACAAUUGAAAAUAAUAGUAGUUAAAUAACAGUGAAACUAUAACAACACCGUUGAUGCCAUGCUUGGAGCAAUACUAUACGAGUACAAAGAUUUAUUUUUGGUGACCUUUGUAAACUCCCUGUAGUCUAAAAGUCGAGGAUUGACCUUAAAGUUAACCGUAGCCGUGAAAGAUGGUCAAAAUCGGAUUGAUCACACUCGUGUCCGAGCCUGCGGAGUACAUUUUCACAAAUGGUUGUGACAAAGAAGAAAGACGGAAACAUUUGCAUCUGCAUUGAUCCAAGAGACCUUAUGAAGGUGCUCAUAGGAUGCCAUUAUUCGUCUUGGCUGCUUGGUUAGAGCAAGAUCACGUACACUAUAACCAUUUCUUAUACACACUCUAAAGAUAUGCAUACGUUUUAGAGCUCUUUCCAUCAAAUCAUCAAAAUGCUUAUCCCAGUUGGUAGGACUAUCCUGAAAAGUCACUCCUAGAACAUUAAAAAAGACACACGUUUAAUGGUGACAAUUUUUUCAGGAGGGGGCAAAGGCGUUCUUCCUCUUAUGACCAGCUCCUUGGUCUUCCUUAGAUUAAGUUUCAGCAAAUUCUCCUCUGCCCAGACUUUAAUAUUCUCUACCUCCUCAGAGGCACCACAUUGACAUUAGGCCCAACGGGUAUACUACAUGUAAUGUCAUCAGCGUAUUUAGUCAUUAAGGUAUUCUGGGAGGUGGGACUUAUAUCAUUAACCAUGAUGGCUAAAAGUACAGGCCCCAGAACAGUGCCUUGGGGCACACCUCGAUUGACAGGCAAGAAUGGGGUCAUGACUUUGUCUACACAUACCCUUUGCUGACGAUCUUGUAAAAAGUCAAUAACCCAAUUAACAAUAUAAGGAUUAAUGUCAGGCACUUUAUUAAGUUUUUCAGUUACUACUCUGUGGGAAAUUGAGUCAAAGACUUUCGAGAAGUCAAAAGACAGAACUCUAACAAAGUUAGAAUGGCCAUCAAGCCAUCUCAUCCAAAAGUGCUGAUUAUAUAAUAGCGCAGUCUCAGUUCCACAAUCCUUCUUAUAGGCAAACUGAUCUGAAUGAAUAAAGCAGGAGACCGGUUUCCUCAAUGCGAAAUCUAGGAUUAACCUUUCAAAAAGUCUCAUUGUAAUGUCAGUGACUGAUAUCUUCCAAAACCAAAAAGGCAGAUCAUCUGGGCUACUGGCAGUCCUUUUCACAUGCUGUAAUGCCUCGAAGACCGAUAUGUCAUGAAUCACAGGCACUUUUGGAAGCUCUGGCAUAAUCUCCAACAGGGCAGGUUCAACAUCAUUUAUGUCUAUGUUGAUUGACUGAAAGUGAGUGUUAAUAUCGUUCACAGUAAAUAAAGAUGAGAGAUUCAUACUUGAUCCAACACGCCCAGUUAAUUUAUCAAUCACCUUCCACCAAGAUUUGCUGCCCAUGUCAUGUUUUUGCUUGUUAACCUUAGUCAGAUUCAACUGAUUCUCUUUAAUAAGCUGGGUAAUUCUCGGUUGCAAGAAAGGCCACUUUGUUGGGUAAGAGAUUUCAAAUCAAGUUUAUUAAGGUCACCAGCAAUAAUUAACCUCGCAUUCGGUAAGGUGGCGACAAUGCUUUCGCAGGAAUUUACUAAGAAGUCAAUAAAAGCAGUUUCAUAAUAAUCAAAGGUCGGUGGAUGGUAAACCGAGGCAACAAAAUAAUCUUUAUUGGUCCUAGUACACAAAGACAGGCCUCAAGUCUUAUGACGCCAAAUUUACUGCGAUUAAAGAUACACCUGACCCUGACUUCCCUGGGCACUUCGCCGAGUCCUUUGUAGGUCAAUUAUCUACACUAAUUCUUAAGCAAAAAUCUCGGCGAGAAGACCGCUACCCCACUCGAACUGCUACGGAGAGACACGCGUUGGAGCUGGGAAGCACUUCAUCAAAAAAGCAUUUGAUCUCCUAAAGUUCGACAUCUCUCAACUUCCACUCCUUAAGUUCUUUGAUCCUGUAAAGCCAUUACACUGUCAAUGGAAGCUUCAAAGAAUGGUUUUUGGUGUUGCAUGCCUUUAGGAUGGGUACCCUGUGGCAUGUGCCAGAAGAGCCCUAACAGAAGCUGAAACUCGAUAUGCACGGAUGGACAAGGAUAUGCAUGCAAGAGAAUUCAUGGUUUCAUCUAUGGUAGGGAAGCAAUCAUUGAAACUGAUCACAAAUCUCUUUCUGCAAUCGUAAACAAGCCUCUUCACAAGGCCCGUGCCCAUCUUCGACGAAUGCUGUUCUAGCUUCCGAGCUCCGAUUUGCCAAAGUGGAAAAAUACCAUAAUAUUCUUUAAGCUAUCGUCUGGGUGGUGUAAACCUGAUUUUUGCGUCAAAGUAAAACCUUUUUUUCUCUUGAGGUAUGAGCUGAUCGUGGAUGAUGGUAUCAUUCUGAAAGGCCUGAUAGUUGUGGUACGUGAUCCUUACGCAAGGAGAAUGUACAGCAACUACGCAAGGGACAUCCUGGAACAGAUGCUGCAAUGGAAAGAACUCGGGAUGUUGUGUAUUGGCCCUCUAUGACAUGGGACAUUGACUCUGCGAUAGCCUCUGUCAGCCGUGCAAUAGUGCCAAACCACACAUGCAAAGAGAACUACUUGUUAUUAAUCCGGUCACAGAUCUCCCGUGGUUAUUUGUGAGUGCAUGCAUAUUGGACUGAAAUGGAUUGCAGUACCUGAUUUUAUCGAAUCUUACUAUAGUUGGUUUGAGAUUGAUAUCCUUCGUGGUUCGUCCACCAAAAUUGUAAUUGAGAAGGUGAAGCGUGCAAGUGCUUAAUGACAAUGGUCCACAAUCUUUAAGCAGGGAAUCUAAACGUUUUGCUAAUGAAUGGCCCUUUGAGCACGUAGCAAGCAGUCUAUAUCAUCCAAUAGCCUGGCCGAGAAUACGGCUAAACCUGCUUUGCAAGGGUACGAAAAACGGUUCUGGUCCCUCAAUUGGCCUCCUUAAUCUACGCAAUGUUCCUAAAGACCAAACACUAGGUUCUCCUGCCCGGCGACUCAUGUCCAGUCGUUCCAGUUUCACUAUUCCUGUGACAAAUCAUCUCACUCUUAAGGCAGCCAGUACUUUAAAUGCCUCUUCAGCUUAUGAUAAUCAGCAUGUCCAGCAUCUUGCUCUCUUUAUUCACAACAGCUUGUGAGACUUCAAACUAAGAAAGGUUAUGAGAAAAGUGGCGUUGUUAAGAAACCAGCUGUAGAGCAAGGAUCCUACGUCGUGCAAACUGGAGUAAAGGAGUACCGCAGAAACCGGAAACAUAUUUUAGCUGUUCCAGAACCUGCUCCAGCUCAGUCGCCUGCUGCUGCUUCUUCACCGACUCUCUUAGCUACAGAUCUU